CUCCUCGUGCCAGAAUUUUCUUCCAUGUCAGGGGUCUAAAGUCCUUCUUCCUCCUCCCCUACAUAUGGUUGUCGGAAAAUCACCCCAAAGAGAUCCAGCUGGAUGAAUGAAUCACCCUUUAGACACACAACGCUUCUCCGAGGCACAGAUCGUUUGUGAGCGGAUGGGGACAUCCGUCUCCGCAGCAACUCAGGAGUUAAUCCUCAACCAAACAGUCCUGUUAAGUAAUUCAGAAGUACAGGGUUUGGUGGGUUGUUUUUUUUUUUUUUUUUUUCCUUCCAAAAACGGUAGGGAAAAUGUGGAACUCAGCAUCUACAUAUCACUCUAUUGAAAACUCCAGAGAUCCCCUCCAAGCAGAUGGAGAUCCCACUCUAUCAAAGGUCUUGUCUGUUGCCUAUUGUAAUGUGGCUCUUGCUGCUGACUCUCACAGAGUGAAAAGGAGAAAGAGCAGCGUUGGUGAAAUGUCAUCCAGUUCGACCUCUCUUGCACUAGUAAGAGCAACCUCUUCUACUGGAUCAACUAAGAGCAAUACUGAUAAGAAUCUUUCAGUCGACAGCAUCUCUCGUGGUAUCUUAAUUAAUUCCCCACACACGAUAGCCAUGCAGAAGCGAAUAUUGAUAAACCUCAGGAUCGUGGAAGACAAGCUGGCUGAAUUGGAACAUUUCCUAAUUAUCAUGCGUUUAAAUGCUACAUUAGCUAACUGUAAAUCCACCGACAGGCUUAGAGAAUGUAAUGAGAGUGAAAGCAGUCAUUAAAAGCACUUUGAGUGAA